GUCCCUCCCUUCACAGCAUCCUCGUCUUGCUCUCGAUGCUCACCAGCUGUUAGGCGGGAGUGACCCCUGCGCUUCUGCCAACCACAGGCCUGUUGGGUUUAAAGAAAAGAGAAAAACUCAGACAAAGUCACCACAUUAAAAUAGUUGCCUUGAGGAAGCUGAACGGAGACCUGUGGAAAGAUGAACGGACCGGUGGAUGGCUUGUAUGACAGCUCUCUCAGUGAAGAAGGGGCCUUCAUGUUCACCUCGGAAUCUGUAGGAGAGGGACACCCCGAUAAGAUCUGUGACCAGAUCAGCGACGCGGUGCUGGAUGCCCACCUCCAGCAGGACCCCAAUGCCAAGGUGGCCUGCGAGACGGUGUGCAAGACGGGCAUGGUGCUGCUGUGCGGGGAGAUCACCUCCAUGGCCAUGGUGGACUACCAGCGGGUGGUGCGAGACACCAUCAAGCACAUUGGCUACGACGACUCUGCCAAGGGCUUUGACUUCAAGACCUGCAAUGUGCUCGUGGCGCUGGAGCAGCAGUCCCCAGACAUCGCCCAGGGCGUCCAUCUGGACAGAAACGAAGAGGACGUCGGUGCCGGAGACCAGGGCUUGAUGUUCGGCUAUGCCACCGACGAGACGGAGGAGUGCAUGCCCCUCACCAUCAUCCUUGCUCACAAACUCAACGCCCGGAUGGCAGAGCUGAGGCGCUCGGGGGUGCUCCCCUGGCUCAGGCCUGACUCGAAGACCCAGGUGACAGUGCAGUACAUGCAGGACAACGGCGCGGUCAUCCCCAUGCGCGUCCACACCAUCGUCAUCUCUGUGCAGCACAAUGAGGACAUCACGCUGGAGGACAUGCGCAAGGCCCUGCAGGAGAAGGUGAUCCGGGCCGUGGUGCCCGCCAAGUACCUGGACAAAGACACCAUCUACCACCUGCAGCCCAGCGGGCGCUUUGUCAUCGGCGGUCCCCAGGGGGAUGCGGGCGUCACUGGCCGGAAGAUUAUCGUGGACACCUACGGCGGCUGGGGGGCGCACGGUGGCGGGGCCUUCUCCGGGAAGGACUACACCAAGGUGGACCGCUCGGCGGCUUACGCUGCCCGCUGGGUGGCCAAGUCCCUGGUGAAAGCAGGGCUGUGCCGGAGAGUGCUUGUGCAGGUUUCCUACGCCAUCGGUGUGGCCGCGCCACUGUCCAUUUCCAUCUUCACCUACGGAACCUCGAAGAAGACCGAGAGAGAGCUGCUGGACGUGGUGAACAAGAACUUCGACCUCCGGCCUGGCGUCAUCGUCAGGGACUUGGAUUUGAAGAAACCCAUCUACCAGAAGACCGCGUGCUACGGCCACUUUGGAAGAAGCGAGUUCCCGUGGGAGGUUCCCAAGAAGCUUGUGUUUUAGAGCCGGGAGCUGGCCUGGCCCCGGAGGCAUCUGGGCGGCCGAGUUCCUCUGUUCCAGGACCCCGGCUCCCAGGUCUCCCAGACUGAAGGCGCUGCGUGUGGCCAAGAGGGUGCCUUUCCCCACGCUCCCUCCUGGCCCUCGGACUGAGCCCUGUUCGUCAUCAUCACGAAUGGCAGGAAGCAGGCAGCUUCCCGGUGCUGAGGACAGUCACGGGGUUCCCCUACCUCUCCCUCAGACCAAGG